GGGUCUGCGUCCCCACCUCCGAGACCCCCGCCCCGCUCCGGGCGAGCUGCCAGGAGGGGCGGAGCAGGGCGGCGGGGCGGCAGGUCGGGCCGUGGUGGAUGCUGCCGGCUGUGGGCCUGGCGAGGGCCGCGGGCGCGGGGCGCGGGGCUCUGGCGGCCGCUGAUGGGAGGCGGCGCCCGGGCGGACGAGCGACGGCGCCGCAGCCACCAUGGGAAACAAGCAGACUAUCUUCACUGAAGAGCAGCUGGACAACUACCAGGACUGCACCUUCUUCAAUAAGAAGGACAUCCUCAAGCUCCAUGCACGGUUCUACGAGCUGGCCCCCAACCUUGUCCCGAUGGACUACAGGAAGAGCCCCAUUGUCCACGUGCCGAUGAGCCUCAUCAUCCAGAUGCCUGAGCUCCGGAUUAAAAAAAGUGAACUCUCACUGAAGUCACCCCAGUUAUCCAUUGCAUCAGUUCUCAAAGCUAACAUGCCCAUGAACCACCUGUGGAUCUUGUCAAAAUGGCAAUUCAGCAGGUCUGGAGAGGGGCCCGAAGAUUCUGCUUUCCUGUUAAGUUCCCAGGAGAAUCCCUUCAAGGAAAGGAUUGUGGAGGCUUUUUCUGAGGAUGGCCAAGGGAACCUCACCUUCAACGACUUUGUGGACAUGUUUUCCGUGCUUUGCGAGUCGGCCCCCCGUGAGCUCAAGGCGAACUAUGCCUUCAAGAUCUAUGACUUCAACACCGACAACUUCAUCUGCAAGGAGGACCUGGAGCUGAUGCUGGCCCGGCUCACCAAGUCAGAGCUGGAUGAGGACGAGGUGGUGCUCGUGUGUGACAAGGUCAUUGAGGAGGCCGAUCUGGAUGGCGACGGAAAGCUGGGCUUCGCCGACUUUGAGGACAUGAUUGCCAAGGCCCCUGACUUUCUCAGCACUUUUCACAUCCGGAUCUGAGGACACUGCUGAGACUACAGGGGCCCAGAAGCCCACCAUCCAGCCUGGUUGUCCACUCAGGUGGGACCUCCAGGUCCCCAGGAAAGGAGCUGUGGCCUAUGGGGUUUAGACCAAAAACAUUUCCUGUGGCCCUUUCAGCAAAAAAAAACUUAACCAGGGAAAGGGGGAUGUGAGGAGCAGUGCUCUUCCCGGGCCACCCUGUGGUCUGGCCCUGGACCCAGGGUCCCACCACAAGCCCUCCUUCUGGCCCCCUACCUCCCCCAGACCCCACCCAGAAAUGUCUCCACUGGGAGGGGAAGGCAGAAAACCUAACAGUGGGGUGGGGUGAGGGGGACUGACUUGUUCAAGUGCUGGGCCCAUAGCAGAGCACAUAAAAAAAAAAAAAGAAGAUGGGGUUUUAAUGAGCUAUGCAAUCUUUCUCCAACACCCAAGGCUGGGCCACACUACCCUUCUCAUUCUCCUUCUCCCUCCAACCACCCACUGUGAAGCUGUGUGAACAGUGGGGUCAAGGGCUCUGUCCCUGUCUCUGCUUCCAGAUCAUGAGCACCACCCUGUCUGCCCUCCCCCGUGACACGGAAUCCUCACUGGUGUGUACUGUCCACAGGUUUGUGAAUUCCUGGUGAUAAAACA